AUGAGAAACUUGUACACAUCCAAUCUUUCAUUCUUACCUCCAGAUGCAAUACAAAAGUUUCAUGAAAUAACCAAAAGCAUAUGUAUUUCAUCAUCACAAGAAGUUGAGUCUAAUAAUGAUAAUAAAAAUAAAUUACCUGAAAUGUUAGUAGAAUGGGAGAACCAUGGUGGAGCUCUUUCAAUUGAUCUUGGUUGGAAUAGAACAGAUCUGGAGUCAACAACAAAAGGUUCUUCUCAGCCAGACUUCCUUUUCUGGUUAAAAGAUGCAUUGGUAUUCAAGGGUGAAGAGAAGGCCUGUGCUGAAGAUUUUAAGAUGGCUCUUCAUGACCUUGAUAAAAAAUAA